UUUCCUCUCUGCGCGCUGCGAGGAUGAAGACCAUCCUCAGCAACCAGACCGUUGACAUCCCCGAGCAAGUCAGUGUUUCGCUGAAAGGCCGGACGGUCAUUGUAAAGGGCCCCAGAGGAACUCUGCGAAGGGAUUUUAACCACAUUAAUGUGGAGCUGUCCCUCCUGGGAAAGAAACGCAAGAAGCUACGAGUUGACAAAUGGUGGGGUAACAGAAAGGAGCUGGCAACAGUUCGUACAAUUUGCAGCCAUGUGCAGAAUAUGAUAAAAGGCGUUACACUGGGCUUUCGUUACAAGAUGAGAUCAGUGUAUGCUCACUUCCCCAUCAACGUAGUUAUACAGGAUAAUGGCUCGCUUGUGGAAAUCAGAAAUUUCUUGGGAGAGAAGUACAUUCGCAGAGUGCGCAUGAGACCGGGUGUUUCCUGUGCAGUAUCUCAAGCCCAGAAAGAUGAAUUGAUCCUUGAAGGGAAUGACAUUGAAUUGGUCUCAAAUUCAGCUGCCUUGAUCCAGCAGGCCACUACAGUCAAGAACAAGGAUAUCAGAAAGUUCUUGGAUGGUAUCUAUGUUUCCGAGAAAGGAACGGUGCAGCAGGCAGAUGAGUGAAACCAAUAGUUGUCUAGAUCCUAAAACACAUCACCAUGAAAAAAACACCAGGAGACCACCUUAUCAACAAAUACUGGAUCGGUGCAUCUGAUGUAAAAACUGAACAAGACCAGAGGUUUAAUAAAAUAAAAUGUGUUUCAUA